AUGAUAUUUGCUGCACGCCAACUCCAGGAAAAAUGCCAAGAACAGCACAGCGACCUCUUCGUGACCUUUAUCGAUCUGACGAAGGCCUUCGAUACAGUCAGCAGGGAUGGCUUAUGGAAGAUAAUGGGGAAGUUUGGCUGCCCAAGCAAGAUCAUCACGAUCGUCCGGCAGUUCCAUGACGGCAUGUUGGUGAAGGUACUGGAUGACGGAGACGAGUCAGAGGCUUUUCCGGUGACAAACGGCGUGAAACAAGGCUGUGUUCUUGCCCCGACGCUCUUCAGCACGGUCUUUUCAGUAAUGCUGAUAGACGCUUUUCGUGAUUGCCAGGAUGGGAUGCACGUCAGGUACAGGACUGACGGUGGACUGUUCAACCUCAGGUGCCUGCAGGAUGUUACCAAGGUGAAGGAGACUGUCAUCAAAGACUUCUUGUUCGCUGAUGAUUGCGCCCUCAAUGCCGACACAGAACAGAAGAUGCAGCACGAAAUGGACUGCUUCUCAAGAGCCUGUGACAACUUCGGUCUCAUCAUAAACACCAAAAAUGAACCCACACCUGGACACACACUUUCAAGAGCGGUGAACAUUGAUGCAGAAGUCAUCAACAGGAUUGCCAAGGCCAGCUCUGCUUUUGGAAGACUCCGUGAGAAUGUUUGGGAGCGGAGAGGACUCAGCCUUUCCACCAAGCUGAAGGUCUACCGUGCAGUGGUGCUCACCACCCUCCUUUACGCCUGCGAGACCUGGACCGUGUACAGCAGACAUGCCAAACAGCUCAACCGCUUUCACUUGAGCUGCCUCCGCAGACUCCUGUGCAUCAAAUGGCAAGACAAAAUCCCUGACACGGAAGUCCUGGAACCGGCCGGCAUUCUCAGCAUCCACACCCUCCUACAGAAAGCGCAGGUAAGAUGGGCAGAACAUGUUGUCAGAAUGGCGGACAGUCGACUGCCUAAACAGCUACUGUAUGGAGAACUUUGUGAAGACAAGCGCUUAGUUGGGGGACAGAAGAAACGCUUCAAGGACAGUCUCAAAGCGUUCCUCAAGGACAUAAACAUCAACGUCAGCACUUGGAAGCAGCUUGCUACCAACCACUCAACUUGGCGAAGCAAAGUCUCCACAGGCGCCUGUGCAGCAGAAAAGCGACGUACGACGGAAGCGCAGAAGAAACGUGCAGCGAGCAAAGCUCGAGCUGCCUACACUUCCAAGGCAGCGCCCACCCACACCUGUCCCGUGUGCGGGCGAGCCCUAGGGCCCGGAUCGGCCUCAUCAGUCAUCUCCGGACCCACAGCAACUGAUCAUCGAUCUAAUAUGGACGAACCCCCUGAUCUGACGCCCUUCUGUCUCCCUCAGCAGCAUCAAAUCAGAGCUCAAAAUCCGGUAAUGCUGCGGUUACCUUCAAUUCGGUUAAGGCAGGUGACGCUUAAGACAAAGGGGUGUCAACUUAGGGAAUCGAGUCGGCGUCUGGCCAUGCGGAAACGUUGCCCCGGCUGA